CGCACCCACAGCCGCAGCCCCCAACCAUCUCCCUCACUCAGAUCUCGAUCCGCCGCCGCCCCCAACCCCACCUCCACCGCCACCGUCGACGACCAUCACAGUAGACGAGGUCGAGGCUGACCCAAGAUCGAGCCAUGCACAGACUCGCGAUGGGCGCAGCGGGGAUUCUCAGGCAACCCCACGCCAAUCGAGACCUCGAUCUGAAUCGAGCAGGCGCUCUCCACCGGCGGGGCUUGGGCUGGCCGGUGUCCCCCGUCGACGUCCUCCUCCCUACCGCUCCCGACAACUAGUUCCCCUGCCACCUCCCUUUCCCGCCGACCUGUGCUCGGCCACCACAGCCGCGGCCUGCUCUGGAACCGCUCCAUGAGCCACGUCGCGUCGCGGCUCAGCUCCGCCACCGUCGGGGGCCCCGCCCCUGACCACGACCACCAUCCCAUCCAUCCACCCAUCUUCCCCCAAGUUUCCCUUCGGGAAGUAGUAGCAGGGGAGCAGGAGCGGAAGGCGAUGGCGGACGUGCAGAUGGGCAGCGGCACGGAGACGGAGACCUUCGCGUUCCAGGCGGAGAUCAACCAGCUGCUCUUGCUCAUCAUCAACACCUUCUACUCCAACAAGGAGAUCUUCCUCCGCGAUCUCAUCUCCAACUCAUCAGAUGCGCUUGACAAGAUCUGGUUCGAGAGCCUCACGGACAAGAGUCAGUGGCAGACCAUGCGAACAACCUGGGCACCAUCGCGGGCUCGGGCACCAAGGAGUUCAUGGAGGCUUUGCAGGGCCGGGGCCGUGGCUGCGCCAGCAGGAGUGAAGCAAGCGCUGAUAUCUUUGUCGGAUACAACAAACUUGGCUAAUCUCGGAAACAACCUUCAGAGCUUGGGGUUCUCUAUCAUCUCCACUGGUGGUACAGCAUCAAGCUUGGAAGCAGCUGGAGUGAAUGUGAGAAAAGUUGAAUAGCUUACACAUUUUCCUGAAAUGAUUUUGGCCUUCAUUCAUCAAAAGUUGGUGUACAAGGAACUCCAGGAGAAGAAUCUUGAAGUAAAUAAUUUAUAUAGAUCAGGAUCUUAUGUUUUGUCGUGGUGGCUGCUGCUGUGACCGAAGAUCAAAAGAAGCCUGGAGAUGUGCAUCAUAGUUUUAGUUGAUGUUGCCACCAUGUUUUGGUGCAUGUGUAUUUGAUUGUAUGUACACUUGAUGGAUCGUGCAGUCGUGUAUGUGUUGUUGUGAGUUUCAUUUAGUGAUUUCUGGAUUUGAUCAUUUAAUUGAGAGAAGUAUUGAUUGUUUGCUGUUGAAA